GGGCUGCCUUCUGAAACCUUCAUGCAAUCACCAAUGAACUUUUUUUACCUAUGACAAUAUCACUCAACGUGCAAUUGACAUUGCUCAAAUUAUGCUGACUUAGAUUAAGAAUAAUUUAAAAUUCAUUCAAACUUUCAAAUUGCAACGAUGUUCCAAGGUGGUCAGAACUUGUUCCUUCCGAAUCUUUACUACUUAUACGCGGCAAAUAUGCCUUUUUCGAACGAAAGCGGUAUUUCAGUUUGGCCGACAAGCUCCAAUCUGGUUGCAGAAGACUUGUCAACAAGGAGUAAACACCAAGUGAGGUGUCGUCUGAACCUCAUGGACACCUUCUCAAUGAAGAACCAGCAACGCAAUUCGCCAAAACCUGCCAAAACUGGUUUCUCGAUUGCGGACAUUUUGAAAAAGGAUUCGGAAACGGUCGACAUGGAAACUGAUGGAGAAAUGAUGAAGAAGAUUUACCACCGAAUUGACGAGGAAAGACUUUGUAAUUCUUUGGCAGAUUUCUCCCAGGAGGAUGGCGACUUCUCUUGGCUCCAGUGCACGAGGUAUAAACCACCAAAACUGCCACGUCUCAAGAAGAAGGAGGGCGUGAAGAAAAGGAAGCUAGGUCGUAAUCCUCGGGUACCCUUCACUCAGCAUCAAGUCAACACGCUGGAGCAAAAGUUCCGGCGGACCCAUUACCUUAGUAGUCUUGAUGUGGCGGAACUCUCAAGUGCCCUAAAUCUUACGGAGACAAGGGUUAAGAUCUGGUUCCAGAACAGGCGAGCAAGAGAGAGACGAGAGAGGGAUGGAAAAGGUACAUCGGUCGCCAAGUCAGCCUCAUUCUCCAAGAACAGCGAAAACAGCAACACUGACGACUGCAGCAGUGCAUCGAGUAGCGAUGGAAAUGGUAAGGGGGAGGAUGGUGGAAGGCUAUCUUGGUACACCCCCAUUCCCCCACCAACCAGUGCCAUGGCACAGUUCAACAACGCAGUACAGAACGGAACAUCAGCAUUCUCACCAGUCAGCUUGACCAUGACGUAGGAGAAAGAGGAGCUUGUUCAACAGCGGGACCAUAGUCAUCCUGAGAUCAGUUUUUUCACUCUAUGUCGUAUACAUUUGAAAUAUCGAGAGGUGGAGUAUAUUGAAAACAACUGGUGCCAGGAUGGACCAUAGUACACCGGUGCGUUGCAUCUCAGCUUAGAGUAAAGUUGGUUACUCUAGAUGUCAGUGACACUUGAAUUAUGCGUACAGGUCAACCUCGUCGGACGAAAUAUGUACUGUAACAUCGGACUUCAUUCUACAAACAACUGACUUUUCAUGUGUGGUUUCCGGUUUUCAAUCUCGGUUCUCAUUAGACUUACAACGCUGUUAUCUAACAACUUCAUGAUAGAAUUGUUACUAGUGAAUUUUUGUACCAUUAGGAAAUUACUUUGUUGUUACUGUGCGCUUGCAUAUAUUUGCUAUACUCCUUUGAGAUAUUUGAAUCAGCGCCAUCACGAUCAUCGGUUUGGCUGCCAGUUGUCCUUUCAUCUGGACACUAUAGCGCCGCUGAAUUCGCACCUCGCAAAGCUGAAUUUCGUAAAUAUUUGUCACAGCGCGAGUUUUGUUGUGAAACUGGAACCGUAUCAUAUCAUUACAGAUCUAUCAUUGUCAUGUAGUUAUUUUACUAUAAUUCAGUUAUUUCUUUCUUGUGGGAUGCUUAGUAGUUAUUUAUGAAGACACUGCGUUUUGAUGUAAGAUUCGCGUUGUUUUUCAUCUCGAUCCUGUAUUAUUACAUCUCCUGUAUACAUGUAUUUAUUUCUUUUGAGAAGUGUAUUUCUUUAAUACUUACAUCAUUUCAAGACCCAACGUUUUGAUGUCAUGUUCUACGCGUAAUUACCUGUUUUCUGAUUAUGUGCUUAAUCAUUUACGGAUUGCAUCUUCACCCAAAGAACAAUACCACCUAUUUUAAACCCGUCUUAUUUUCCUAUAGAGAUACGUUAGUUUCACAUAUCUAAGACCAAUUGAUUAUUUCCUACAAAAUCGAAAUAAAGGCCACGAUGUCCCUACGAAUUCUAAAUGAAGGCCAUGAUGCACGGAAUGACGUCAUGACCGUAUGGACAACAUGGGUCAGUGACGGCGCAACCGGAUUUGUCCUUCUAAUUGAACAUGUUGAGAUGUGCAUAUCAAAGCCUUGGACUGAAAUAUUCAAAAAAGGUCUUAGAUAGGUGAAACUAUGUUUCUAACAGAAUUUAGUCAUUUCUUUGUGCGUAUCAGUGUAGAAAUUGUAUAAAUGAACAUAGUAUAUUUUGGUAGCUAGAGACUGUUUUCUGUCGUUAAUUUAUUAGACUAUAAUGUAGAUAGGAGAGCAAAUUGCUUUAAGAAAUCGGUAUUGUUCAUAAUGAAUAGCCGUCUGUAUACAUUUUAAGCAUCAUGAAAAACAAUGG